UUUACAUGUUGCCAGGUGGCCUGUAAAAGAAGAUCUGGGUAAAAUUGAAAAGCUUCUGAUAAUCACUUGAUUAAAAUCGUCAAUACACUAAAGAGGAUCACCUUUGCUAGGAGCCGUCUUAAGCUUGCAGUGAGAGUUGUCAGACAGAUGAAAUGCAAUGGGUAGUUUGUUUUCCACACAGAGUUCAGAAUCCAUUUUCCUAAUUGGAAAAUUAAAUGGGAAACCCCCUGAUGAAAGGCAUUUUUUUAACCUCAGUCAAAUAUACUUAGAUCAAGCUGAUGGAAGGGGAGAUAACUCUGAUAUUGAUACUGUCAAGAAUUGUAAAAAUAAAGACAGUGAUUCACAAAUAUUCAAACCAUUACCAAAGAAGAAGAAAUUAUUUUGUCAUCAAACAUAUGUUCAGUGGAAAUCGAGUUUGGAUUUAGAUUUUUUAAAACAUUUAUUUACUUCACCAAAAAGAGUAAUAUAUUUGGUGCAGAUAAAUGACUUCCCAGAUUUCGUCAAGAAUUUUAGAAUAACUUUGCAGUCAAGUUCAUACACAUUAUUUCAAUUUAUUGAGAAUUUUUUAAAGAUUUAUCACAUGGGAAUGGAUGUGCGAUGGUUGGAUAACAUCAACUUAAAAAACGUGGAUUGGAAUAUUAGAGAAAGGUGUCAUAUAGUAACAGAACAGCUGCAGUAUUUAGUGACGGAUUUCUUUACACCUCUUCAAAAUGUCAACCCCUCCGAUGGAUAUUGCAUUAUGGGUAUGACAUGGACAGACUUAUAUCCUGAAGAGAAGUAUAACUUUGCUUUAGGAGAAGCUUCCUGUAAACAUAAGUCAGGUGUAUUUAGUUUUGGAAGAUGUCCGCCAUCAACAUUUGACCCUAAAAAUCCUAAAGAUAUAACUGAAAUCACCUCUGAAAUUUUGUGGAGAUUAUUGAAGGUUUCCAGUCAUGAACUAGGACAUCUGUUUGGACUUGAACAUUGUGAGUUCUUUCUGUGUCACAUGAAUGAAAGCUUGUCAAUGGUUGAUGCAAUGAACCAACCGUUGUUUUAUUGUCCAGUCUGUUUACACAAAAUUCAACAUGUAUGUCAGUUCAGUGUAGCUGAGAGAUACCAGAAGUUAGAAAAUUUUAUAACAGAUAUACAUCAACAAUUUCCUUCAGAGAAGUGGUCACAGAGUCUCAAAUUUCUUAAGAAAUGUAGAGAAUUUUUAUCAAAUGAAGAAAUUGUUCAAUAAAUGUAUAACAGAGAUCCAA